ACAACUUCCGCAAUUCUUCCGGAAGUGACAAAAGAAAGUAAAUAGAGGAACUACAACUGGAUCCAGAAAUAGAUAUUUGCGACUAAAGGGAGCGAUUUAAAAAAAAACACUUUGUGCUGUGUUUGCAUAACAAGGGACAUUUUGAUGCCAAACUAGUUCAGAGUCAAAUACAGGUUCACAGCGACGGGUUGACGCUGUGCAGCAAUGUUCACAGACAUGGAUUAUGAAUUAGAGGAGGACAAACUGGGGAUACCAACAGUACCAGGUACCGUGUGUUUGAAGAAAGAUGCUAAUAACCUGAUUGGGAUCAGCAUCGGUGGAGGGGCUCAGUACUGCCCGUGUCUUUACAUUGUCCAGGUCUUUGAUAACACCCCAGCAGCUCUGGACGGGACACUGGCAGCAGGGGAUGAAAUCACAGGCGUGAAUGGGAAACCAGUGAAGGGAAAGACCAAAGUGGAGGUGGCAAAGAUGAUUCAAGCUGUACAGGGAGAAGCCGUGAUCCACUACAACAAACUGCAGGCAGACCCCAAACAGGGGAAGUCACUGGAUAUAGUGUUAAAAAAAGUCAAACAUCGCCUGGUAGAGAAUAUGAGCUCAGGCACAGCAGAUGCUCUCGGACUCAGCAGAGCUAUUCUUUGCAACGAUGGACUGGUCAAAAGACUGGAGGAGCUGGAGAAAACAGCAGAGCUCUAUAAAGGCCUGAUGGAGCACACAAAGAGACUGCUCAGAGCUUUCUUUGAGCUUUCUCAAACUCACAGAGGGUUUGGCGAUGUCUUCUCAGUCAUCGGGGUGCGCGAGCCGCAGGCUGCAGCCAGCGAGGCUUUCGUGAAGUUUGCCGAUGCCCACCGCAGCAUCGAGAAGUACGGUAUUCAGCUGCUGAAGACCAUCAAACCUAUGCUCCAUGACCUGAACACGUACCUGCACAAGGCCAUACCCGACACGAAGCUCACCAUCCGCAAGUACCUGGAUGUGAAGUUUGAAUAUCUGUCGUAUUGCCUGAAGGUGAAGGAAAUGGAUGAUGAAGAAUACAGCAGUAUUGCCAUGGGAGAGCCUCUGUACCGAGUCAGCACCGGCAACUAUGAAUACCGCUUGGUGCUGCGCUGUCGGCAGGAGGCCCGCGCGCGCUUUGCCAAGAUGAGGAAGGACGUUUUGGAGAAGAUUGAGCUGCUGGACCAGAAACACGUCCAGGACAUUGUGUUCCAGCUGCAGCGCUUCGUCUCAGGCAUGUCCCAUUACUAUGACGAGUGCUACGCCGUCCUGAAGGAGGCGGAUGUCUUCCCCAUUGAAGUGGACCUCUCUCGCACCACCAUCAACUACGGCAGCCAGUCCAUGUCCUACGCCGGAGAUGAGGAGGACGAGGAGGAGGAGGAAGAGGGAGGAGAGGAAGGAGGGAGCAGUACAGAGAGACAAGCAGAGAAUGGCGCUGAGAAACUCAUCGAUGAUGAAUGACAAUGUGUGCGUGUGUGUGUGUGUGUGUGACAACUGUUCUUCACUUGCAUUUAAUGUCAAUGCACCCACUAAGCAGCGGUCUUUGCGUUGGAGUAGAGCAGUUAAAAUGGUGAAUACUACUGAAGAAUGGCUGCAAUGAUGCUGUAUGUUCUUGUUUUGGUCAUCAAUCCUUCUCGGGAUUCUCUCAAAUUAACAGCUCUGCUUUGCAUUUAUUGUCCUUCUUUUGACUGUAAAACUUUCUCUUUAAUGUCUCCUCCACAAACGAGGGCCUUGCUUAAUGACUGAGAGACACUACUAACAGAUGUCAUUUGUGGUUGAAUCUGAACGCUCUGGAGAGGGUUUAAUGCGGCAGAAUAGGUUUAUGAAAUCAUGACAUUUUGAGAUUAUGAAGUGUGCCUUCUUCGCUCUCAGUGAAGCCUAAUAGGCUGCGUGUCAAUGUGCAUAUUGUUGAAGUUAUAUCUUGAUAUUUACUUUGUUUUUUUAUUUUCUUUCCUACAAAAAUAUUUUGAACAUUGAUUUAUUUAGCUAGCUUAAAUGUUAUAUUGUGGUUAAACAUAAAACUUUCUCCUCGGUUUAAACAAAUGGUAAUUGACACUACUUGAUAUCAUCUGAAGGUAAUGUUUAAGAUAACAUCUAAAGGAAGUUUGUAAUAUGAAGCUGUUACACUCCUUUAACUCCCUAUCAUAUGCUUCACAGGCAGAGCCUGCAACUUGCCACAGUGUCUAACUCUGAAACGCUUGACAACCAAAGUAUUUUAUUUUGUUAUUCAAACUUUCACCUAUUGCAAAACUGCAUGUUUCAAUGUCAAAUGAGCGUUUUCUUGUAACAGAGCUGAAUGACAGCAUGUCUUCUUUUCAUUCUGCCAAUGACCUUGGUAGUGUUUCUGCUUUUAAAGAGAGAGGUAUUGGACACAAACCCUCACAGAGCAUCAUAGUUAAUGAAACAACACAAACAUGGCAUGUAAAUAACUGUACAAAGGGAAAAGGUGUAACAACUGUCAUUUUCAUUUUCCAUUUAAUUUAUCUAAUUAUAAUUUAUAUAAAAAAUAUUUAAAACAUGUUUAGAGAAUGUGAUUCUAUUUAUAGUCAAUAUAAAAGACUCUUCUGUCUCGUGUUGCCUUCAGGAGGAUAAGAUGAUAUGAUUUACUAUUGGGAGCAUCGCAUCAGAUAACACUAUCCUGCAGUCACUCAACCACACGGUGUUGAAAAUAAACAAAAAACAUC